CUGGCGUGAACGAGCCGUCGUGUCGCAGCUUGCACAUCAGCGUGAACGAGCCGUCGGUGUCUAUCUGUCGCUUCCCCUGUCCCUCCGGAGUGACCAAUCAAGAUGAUUCACCGGAUCAGCGCGUCGUUUCCCUCCUCUCUGCUCUUCGUGUUGGUCUGCCUCGCCAUCACCUUCCAUGCCGGCGAGUCCUUCCUGCCAUCGACGCCAUCCCAUGGCCGUCUGUCGAGGCCGCUACGUGGCCGGCGUGUGUCGACUGCUCGACUGGCGGCACAAGAGGAGCAGCCAGCGGCGACGGCGACGAGAGAUAGCCUGCUGGUGGUGUGGGACCUCGACGAAACGUUGAUCUGCAGCCGUGAAAGAUACCCCAUCGAAAGGUCAACGAGAAGGCUGGAGGACCCCGAGGAGCCGCUCCCUGACGCAAGCCAGUGGAAGCCACUCCCGGAGGGGGCCCCUGUGUCUGACUUUUCGGUCGACCUGGUGCAACAAUAUGACGACAAGGUGGGCAUGGAAUCAUACGAAACACCGCAGUCGCAUUCAUUGUGUGCAUCUGCGAGGCGUUUAUUGACUGUCGUGUUGCCAUACUGUAGACCCGAUGGGUGGAGCGUUUCGACAUCUUCCUGCGGCCCGGUAGGGAUGCAGGCAGACAGGCAGGACCACAGACACGACACUCACCGUUCUGUCGCUGCCAAUGUGUGCAUGGCAGGUGCGCAGGAGCUGCUGCAGUGGUGCAAGGACCAAGGCUAUGAACAGGCCCUCUUCACUACCGCCAUCCAGCUGUACGCAGACAACAUCCUGGCCCAUCCCACCCUCGAUCCAUCAGGGGAGCUGCUUCCCCGACGGCUCUACCGAGGCGAUAUGGACGGAUACAGCUACAAGUCCCUAGCUCGACUGCGGCCUUGCCUGAAGCGUGCCGUGUUGAUCGACAACGCCAGGCGUUACCUGACAGAGGAGAACGGCAUUGGCGUCCCUGACUUUGUCCCGAAAUGGGCGCCGUCUAUACCCGAGGAGAACGAUGCGCUCAAGUCGCUGCUGACGGAGCUGGAUGAGCUCGAUGACGUGAGACCACGACUCAAGGAGCUGUGGAAAGAGGGGCGCUUCGAAUGUGGUCGAAGGGGCGACUGAGUUCUGGCGGACGGGUGCUGGGAUGGAUCAACUUCUGCCCCCGUGCUUAGGUAGACAGUUGUGCUUCUGAGGAUGCAUGUAGUUAUGAUGAAGGUCAUACACACACAGGUAGAGAUGGGUAGGUUGAUGGGUAGGUAGGACGUUGUGGGUGGGUGGACCCAUUCGUGAUGCGAAUGGUGACAUCCGACUGACGCUGGCUGGCUCGUUGGAUGCGUGAUGCUUCGAUUCAUGGCUUGUGUGAC